AUGUCCGCCCUCACCGUGCUGCAGGCGAACCUGAACCACUGUCGUGCAGCACAGGACAUACUCUGGCAGGCCGUGCACGAUUAUCACGCCGACAUCGUGAUAAUCAGCGAGCCCCAUCGACCGCGCCCAGAGUGGUACACUGACCCCAGCGGAACCCUUAGCAUAUGGUGCGUGCAGCGGCCGCCACCAGCCGCCGAGUUGGGCGCAAUACGUAAGGUACACAGCAGCGAUGGCUGCGUUGGCCUAGAAACCCGCGAUUUUAUUAUAUUCGGGUGUUAUUUUUCCCCCUCCGUAUCAAUGGCCACGUAUGAAGGUCAAUUAAGUAACUUGUCGGCUGGGAUUACUUCGUCCAAACCCACCCUCAUAGCCGGAGACUUCAAUGCGCGUUCCAUACAAUGGGGAUCGGAUAAGACCGACGCGAGAGGGUACCGUCUACUCCGCGUCUGCGAACAAGCCGGUCUAAUACCCGUAAACAGCAAAGGUGGCCCAACUUUUAUCCGUAAUCGCCAGCAGUCCCGGAUCGACUUAAUGGCCUGCACCCGCGAAUUGAGAACGCGUCUGAUCAAUUCCCUUGUAUCUACAAAAUAUACAGGUUCCGAUCAUAAUUAUCUAGUUCAUCACUUUGCCGCCACGCCCACCUUUACAAAUUCCUCGAUGAACUCCGAAUUGACUAUUCAAUACCGCCCUCCCAGCAUGGAAGAAUGGGCCUCCAUAAUAUCCACCAAUUUAGCCCUACCACCAGAUACCCCCGACUGGAUACGUGAACGAACUAUCUUCAACUUUGAAAGUCGCGCAGACGUAGACAACGCCAUCUCAGAAUUAGAGUCGUGGUACAGCGCCGCACAGGUACCGAGAACCUUAAAAAAGAGAAAAAGUGUAUCCUGGUGGAACAGAGAACUAACAAAACUACGACUGUCCGCAGCACGUUCCCGCGCAAAAUGGCACCGGUUAGCUUCACGUACGACAAACGUCCUCGAGAACGACCAUCCCCUCCGACUACGCAUGAUAUCCGAUCGACGCGCUUUGAUCAAAGCGGUUCGCAAAAGCAAGGAUACUUCAUGGUCCGAGAUGAUUAAUGAAGUAGCUCGAUAUCCGUGGAGCAAGCCCUAUAAAUCAGUAAUGAAACGGUUGAAAGGAAACUCACAAGUAAUCCGCCUUAAUGAGAACGAAUUUAGGACAGCCGUGUCACAGUUAUUUGUGACAGAUCCCCCAUUAACUAUAAGAGAUGAAACCACCCCUCCCAACACUCAUAUGAACGACCCCAGCAGCACCGUUGCUGCAAUCCCCGUGCCAGAUCGACCUCCCAGUCCACAACCCGGCCCAAGUAACGCCCGCCCAAGGCGUCAAGCCCCGAUAGGUUUAGAUGCUCCCCCCACCAUUAAUGCUACAGCCGCCAACAGCAUUGAUCCCCCUUCGCUAAACCACGCAUCAAACCGCCAAGGAGUCCUAGAGGGCCCACAAGAUCCACAAGAUCCGCGAAUACCCCAUCCAUUUAGCGCCCGAGACGUAGUUACAGCCUUAGGUAAAGUAUCGAAGGGAAAAGCGCCCGGGCGUGACGGAAUAACCGGGGAGGCUCUUAGACCCAUCUAUAAGUUAGCACCAGAAUGGGUGCGCGACUUGUUUAAUGCCUGUUACCGUCUAUCGUACUUUCCCGCCUCGUGGAAGGUCGGACGAUUGGUUUUAAUACCCAAACCCGGAAAGCCCUUCCAUACAUUCUCCGAUUUGCGUCCCCUUUGCAUGCUAUCGAAUUUCGGCAAAGGUUUUGAGUACGCCCUACGGGAACAUCUUGAGGAAGCCUUACAGAAUUCUGGGGACCUAUCCCCCCGCCAAUUCGGCUUUCGUCGUAAGCGAUCAACGUUACAGGCAAUGAAGGUGGUGAUGUCAGAAUGGAAUCGCGCCCGCAGUUCUGCUAUGCAUUGCCUAUUAAUCGGUCUUGACGUGAAAAACGCCUUCAAUACCGUGCGAUGGGAAAAUAUAAUCUCUGCAGCUCGCCGCCGCAAUUUCCCCCCGCUUCUAAUACUUAUGCUGGAAAACUAUCUAAACAGCCGCUUUAUAGGUACCACGAUGCCAGAUGGCACGUGGAUAGAACAGGAAGUGUUCGCCGGUGUGCCACAAGGAUCGGUACUAGGGCCGUUCCUGUGGAACCUGGCAUAUGACUCGAUCCUGGAGGUCGUACUACCCCGCAACGUAACCACCAUCGCGUUUGCUGACGACCUAGCCGUGAUUAUAGUCGGCCUGUUAAGUGGAUUACGCGAAAUAGCCGAGAUUUCACUACAAUUACUCAGCAUAUGGUAUCGCCAGAACAGCCUAACUCUAGCCACCCAAAAGACCGAGGCCGUUCUCCUAACAGGUCGGCGAGUGCGCGCCGGUCUAUCCCUACAGCACGAAACGUCCGUGAUCCAAACGAUUUCGUCCAUGCGGUAUUUAGGCACGUUGUUUAGUAACAAUCGAACCUUCCGUAGUCAUAUAGUAAACGUUACCAACAAGGCCAGCAAAGUUGCUCAGCAUUUAGCGUGGCUACUGCCAAACCUACGCGGCGGAGGAUAUAAGCCUCGCAUGUUAUAUUAUCGCGUUACCGAGUCCAUCGUGUUAUACGCCGCACCAGUCUGGCACGAGGCCGUGCAAUACCAAAACAUGGUUCGUCUUUUAUUAUCAACACAGAAACUGGGCCUGAUACGCGUGGCUCGCUCCUACUACACCGUCUCACACGACGCCCUGACCGUCCUGACCGGCUGCAUGCCUUGGAACCUGACCAUUCAAAUAACUGGUCACGGGUGUUUUGCCUCAUUUCUGUAUCGAAUUAAACACAGCAGCAUCCCAAACUGUACCCCGAACUGCUGGUUCUGUGAUCCUCCCGUAAUUGACGAUGUAGAACACACCGUGUUCCAUUGCACUCGAUGGGCCGCCGAGCGCACGCGCGUCAUAUUGGAAGUAGGGGUGCUAUACCCUGAAACCCUAGUUGACUGCAUCCUAGACGAGAACCGGCGAACCCCCCUGCUAGCAUAUAUAUCCGAGAUCAUGAGUAAAAAGGAGAGUAUAGAACGCGCGCGAAAACGCGGUGGCCUGGUACCGAUACCGGCUCGUCGCCGAGUCCGACGUAGGCUGGCCUAA